GGGUUUUGGAGUCUAAAGAGCUCUCUCUCUUUCUCUCUGGGGUUCUUUUUCUCUCUGAUUGAUUAGCACAAUAUCCGAAGAAGAAGAAGAAGAAGGAGAAGAGCUCUGAUUAUUAUCUUUACUACUUACUAAGUGUGAAACAAACUAUGGCGGCAUUCGUUCCUCCUCCUGCUGUGGUGCCACCAGCGGCGAAACCAACCGACAUCCAGCCACAGGUGGAGAAGGUCGACUACAUGACCCUACCAACCCCUAUUCCUUACGAAGAAAUCCACCGCGAAGCUCUCAUGUCCUUAAAGCCAGAGCUUUUUGAGGGCAUGCGCUUUGAUUUUACCAAAGGACUCAACCAAAAUUUUUCCCUCAGUCACAGUUUGUUCAUGGGCCCUACUGAAAUUCCCUCUCAAUCAUCUGAGACCAUAAAGAUACCUACUUCCCACUAUGAAUUUGGUGCUAACUUUAUAGACCCCAAGUUGAUGCUGUUUGGGAGACUAUCAGAUGGAAGAGUGAAUGCAAGAUUGAAGUGUGACUUGUCUGAAAAUCUAUCUCUAAAGGCCAAUGGUCAACUGACAAAUGAGCCACACAUGUCACAUGGCAUGUUCAACUUUGAUUACAAGGGUUCAGAUUAUAGAGCUCAAUUUCAAUUUGGAAAUGGGGCUUUAUUUGGGGCUAAUUACAUUCAGAGUGUGACACCCCAUUUAUCUCUGGGCGGUGAAGUAUUUUGGGCUGGUCAACAUAGGAAGUCUGGCCUUGGCUAUGCUGCUCGUUACAACACAAAUAAAAUGGUUGCCACUGGGCAAGUUGCCAGCACUGGAUUGGUUGCUUUGAGCUAUGUACAGAAAGUAUCGGACAAGGUCUCUUUGGCAUCUGACUUCAUGUACAACUACAUGUCAAAAGAUGUAACUGCAAGCUUUGGUUAUGAUUACAUUCUUCGACAGUGUCGUCUAAGGGGGAAGAUAGACUCCCAGGGCUGCAUCGCUGCUUAUCUUGAAGAGCGACUGAAUAUGGGUCUGAAUUUUAUUCUCUCAGCUGAGCUUGACCAUCUCAAAAAGGAUUACAAAUUUGGAUUUGGAUUGACUGUGGGAGAAUAAGCCAGAGGAUGUUGUGCUGUUAUCGGUUUCAUAGCACAAGAUAAUGAAAGAAAAACCAGGUUUUAUUCAAAUAUUUUCUCUUAAGUGUAGUUUUCAUUUUGUAUUAGGGUCUGUUAUGUAGUCUAUCAUUUUACUGAUCUUCUUUCAUUAUUAGAAAGAGCAUCCAAACUGUGACCACACAUAAAAGAAAAAGUGGAUUUUGCUCAUGAAACAUUUUAAUAUUGUAUUUUUUCCCCAAAUGAUGGAAUGAUUGACCUAUUUAUAAAAUGGGAUGAAAUCAAAU